AUGGUCAAGAACCUUGGCCUCAAUGUCCUCGCUUCCUUCAGAUGUCACCUUCAUAGUGGCCAGAAAACACUAGAGAACUGCAUGCAUGCAGACAAACGAACGGCUGAGCUCAUGGAGUGUCUAAUCACUGGCUACUCAGAUGCCCAGAGCUUGGGCGGAUUUGCUCGAGCAAUCAGAAAUUCAUGUAGAUUGAAGGCCAGCUAUGCUAGACAUUGUGAGGAGCUGGACAGUGUUCUUCAGAAAGCAUCCACAGGAGGGUGGAGCUUUGCGCCACAGAGAUUUUCAACCGUGCUGCAGGUUUCUGAGACGCUGUGCCUCAACAUGGGUCCGGCUUUGAAAACCCUACAGGAAGCCGUAGUUCGUGGAGGUCAAAACAGGGAUUGGGCCAUGCGAGUCCUGCAAACCUUGAACCCGGAGAACAUGCUCCUCUUAGCUUUGCUUUGCGAGCUGUGCAAGGUGGCCCAGCGAUAUGUGCAUAGAUGGGACCGCAGCGCAGACAAGACGACCCUGGCUGACACAGCUCUUGAGUUUGAAAACUUCAAGCUGGAAGCCAACAGGCUGUUCAGCUUCCGCUCGCUGGACGGCGACUUGCAACAGCCGUUGGUCCUUUCUCCAGAUUGCACAUCCGGCAUGCCGCAAUUGCUUCGUGCAAGUUACAAUCUCUUGCAGCAGGAGGCAGUGAUCCAUGAGGGGAUGAUGGUGUACUUCCGACCAAAGUGGGAUGAGAAAACAAACCGUGAAGCCAUGGCCAAGGAAUUGGGUGCCAUCCAGAACAUCCUGACACAUUUCGUGGACGGUAUCAAUCUUUGGCACAAUACUGCUGUGGCAUCUGCCUUCGCUCCACUCGAUGUCUCCACCUGGGCUAAGCGGUGUUCUGACGAUACCCUGCCUGGCCCUCACAAGGAGAAUUCUAUAUUGAAUCAAGGAUCCUCGUAG